AUGAGUGAGGCGCAGCCGGAGCUUGGUGAGUUGCGCCAGCUGUUGAGAUGUGCCUUGGGCCGAGCGGCGGAUGGAUGGCUGCAGAGGGAGCUCAGCCAGCUGAGGAGCCGCAGAUGCCUGCAGCAACUCGGGCAACAUCUGACUCUGCGUCUGAAGCAGACGGUGGCGAACCUGGGCUUGAGCAUGAGGAGCCGCAGAUGCCUGCAGCAACUCGGGCAACACCUGAUUCUGCGUCUGAAGCAGACGGUGGCGAACCUGGGCUUGAGCAUGAGGAGCCGCAGAUGCCUGCAGCAACUCGGGCAACACCUGACUCUGCGUCUGAAGCAGACGGUGGCGCACCUGGGCUUGGGGCAACACCUGACUCUGCGUUCGAAGCAGACGGUGGCGAACCUGGGCUUGAGGUCUACAGCUAUCAGGGCGAACCUGGGCUUGAGCAUGAGGAGCCGCAGAUGCCUGCAGCAACUCGGGCAACAUCUGACUCUGCGUCUGAAGCAGACGGUGGCGAACCUGGGCUUGAGCAUGAGGAGCCGCAGAUGCCUGCAGCAACUCGGGCAACAUCUGACUCUGCGUCUGAAGCAGACGGUGGCGAACCUGGGCUUGAGCAUGAGGAGCCGCAGAUGCCUGCAGCAACUCGGGCAACACCUGAUUCUGCGUCUGAAGCAGACGGUCUUGAGCGUGAGGAGCCGCAGAUGCCUGCAGCAACUCGGGCAACACCUGACUCUGCCUCUGACGCAGACGGUGGCGAACCUGUGGUUGAAAAUCAGGAGCCGCAGAUGCCUGCAGCAACUCGGGCAACACCUGACUCUGCGUCUGAAGCAGACGGUGGCGAACCUGGGCUUGGGGCAACACCUGACUCUGCGUUCGAAGCAGACGGUGGCGAACCUGGGCUUGAGGAGCCGCAGAUAUAGCGGCGAACCUGAGCUUGAGAAUGAGGAGGCGCAGUUGCCUGCAGCAACUCGGGCAACACCUGACCCGGCGUCUGACGCAGAUAGCGGCGAACCUGGGCUUGAGCAUGAGGAGCCGCAGCUGCCUGCAGCAACUCGGGCAACACCUGACCCGGCAUCUGACGCAGACGGCGGCGCACCUGGGCUUGAGCACGAGGAGCCGCAGAUGCCUGCAGCAACUCGGGCAACACCUGGCCCGCAGUCUGACGCAGACGAUGGCGAACCUGGGCUUGAGAAUGAGGAGCCGCAGCUGCCUGCAGCAACUCGAGCAACACCUGCGGAGCCGCUGCUGACCAGUAGCAGGCAGGAAGCGCCUGACACGGCCAUCGCACCAGACGGCGGUGAGGAUUCAACACAGGCAUGGGCAAAGACGGAACUGCCGGACCCAGCAAGCGACCCAUGCCCCAGCCUGAGUUCAACAAGGGCGCCCAGCCAUGAGCUACAGAGAGCUUUGGGUUCAUCCGAGGGCGCCUGGCAAAGGCCGCCCAUUGAGAUCCCGCCCCUCCGAGUACCACCGGACCGCAAGCGCAGCCGCGGCUCGCGGCUGGCGCCGGGCUUGCUGGUGGCUUCGGCCCCCGAGCUUCCGCAACCUCCGGUCAAGCCGGAGGUGCGCCGACGCGGCCGAGGCCAACCACGGCCGCCUGAGUUGCCGCCUGCACCCAAGGCGUUGCGCCGCGAAAGGAGUGCACCCUCCGAAAGGAGCGCUCCCUCCGAGCCAAGGGCGCAGAACGGGGACUUGAAGCUGCCAGAGUUGCUGCCAAAGGAAGCUGCAGGUUCUUCUGGAGCUCGGGCGGCCAUCUACUCGCAGAGUUUCCGGAAGGCAUCCGUGGAAGAAGUGGAGAGGCAUCGGCUCUACAGAUCCAGCCUGAAGCUCCCAGCCAUCCCGGUGCGGCAUCGUAGCUCCCCGGAGCCUCCCGCACGCAUGUGGCGCUAA